CCUGACAGCGACUAAAACCCUUUCGAGAGGUUUUGAGAGCAUUUUCUGACGGAAACCAAAACAAGUUCAGUUUUGUUUCUAAACCAAUUCAGAAAACAAGCAGACAUAUUACACCAUGUCAGCCAAUCCAUCCUUCGGCUCAGAUGAGCGUAAAAUAUCUGAAGGGACCAUUUUGGGAGAUCACCACAUGGUAGAGGCUUUCCUUGGAGAAGGAGGCUUCGGUGUUGUAACCAAAUGUCGCAAUACAAAAAACAACCAGACUGUGGCUAUUAAAGUCAACAAGAGCGACCCUGAAAUUCUGCAACAGGCAGAACAGGAAAUUUUCAUCCUGGAGCAGCUGCGACGCUUGGAUCCAGACAGGUGCAACAUUGUUGAAUGGAACGGCUAUUUCCUCGAUGGAGAGCAUAUUUGCUUAAAUUUUGAACUCCUCGAUCAAAGCCUGUGGGACUACAUAGGGGACCGGGAUAACCAGGGUCUCCCAAUAAGAGAACUCAGGCCAAUUUUGCAUCAGAUCGCAAAUGCUCUGUUCCACCUGGGUUCUGUGGGAAUAGUGCAUGCUGACCUCAAACCUGCCAACAUAAUGGUUGUGAAUCGCCAUGAGUCUCCUGUCAAAGUCAAACUUAUAGACUUUGGCAUCGCAUGUAACACUUCUGCAGUGAUUCCUGGUGGUACUGUGGGGACAAUUGGUUAUUGUGCACCUGAGAUUAUGCUUGGCACUCCAUAUGAUGAAGCAAUUGACAUGUGGGCUCUGGGGCUGGUAGCUGUGGAGCUUGCUACAGGGGUGCCUCUCUAUCCUGGGGAAGACGAUUAUGAUGUUUUGAAAUUCAUAAUUGAAACCCAGGGUCAGCUACCAGAUCAUCUUCUAGAGUCUGGCUUGUACACUGAUUGUUAUUUCAUCGAAGAUAACUACAACGAACAGCGCUGGACAUUUAAGACCAAAGAACAAUUUCAAUACGAGACAAAUUAUCAAUCCAAGGAAACUCGAUAUAUAAAACUUAAGCGUCUCGAUGACCUCGAAGAACUACUGAAGGUAACGCGAGGACCUGAAAAUGGCCAACCAUUAUUUGUCAGGCUAAUCAAACAGAUGUUGGCCUUGGAUGCAAAUCAGCGCAUAACACCCUUGGAGGUUCUGAAGCAUCCCUUUUUCAACACUGGCCUCUCAAGGAGUGCCCCCUGCCCUGACAUGAAUAGCACAGGGGGAGAAAACCUUGUGUUUUCUCAGCAGCCUUCAAGCUGGGAAAGUCAUGGAUCGCAAAAAUUCAACUGCAGUUUCCAAAACUCAGUUGAAUAUCCUCAAAAAGGACACGUCAACACCUCAGCCAACCCAUCUUCCUCUGAAGAUGAUCUUGAAAUAUCUGAAGGGACCAUUUUGGGAGAUCACCACGUGGUAGAGGCUUUCCUUGGAGAAGGAGGCUUCGGUGUUGUAACCAGGUGUCACAAUACAAAAAACAACCAAACUGUGGCUAUUAAAGUCAACAAGAGCGACCCUGAAAUUCUGCAACAGGCAAAACAUGAAAUUUUCAUCCUGGAGCAGCUGCGACGCUUGGAUCCAGACAGGUGCAACAUUGUUGAAUGGAACGGCUAUUUCCUCGAUGGAGAGCGUAUUUGCUUAAAUUUUGAACUCCUCGAUCAAAGCCUGUGGGACUACAUAGGGGGCUGGAAUUACCAGGGUCUCCCAAUAAGAGAACUCAGGCCAAUUUUGUAUCAGAUCGCAAAUGCUCUGUUCCACCUGGGUUCUGUGGGAAUAGUGCAUGCUGACCUCAAACCUGCCAACAUAAUGGUUGUGAAUCGCCAUGAGUCUCCCAUCAAAGUCAAACUUAUAGACUUUGGCCUCGCAUGUCCCGCUUCUGCACUGAUUCCUGGUGACCGUGUGGGGGACGCACUGGUUCCUGAUGACGUCACGUGUGUAAACCUUAAAGACUGCGUGAACGAGGGCGCCUCUUGCCGGGUGCGGUGGCGCGCGCCUGUAAUCCAAGCUACCGGGAGGCUGAGGCUGGCGGAUCGUUUGAGCUCAGGAUCUCUGAGCUUCAGCGGACUAUGCCGAUCGGGUGUCCGCACUAAGUUCAGCAUCGAUAUGGUGCUCCUCGGGGAGGUCGGGACCACCAGGUCGCCUAAGGAGGGGUGCACCGGCCCAGGUCGGAAACGGAGCAGGUCAAAGCCCCCGUGCCGCUCAGUAGUGGGAUCGCGCCUGUGA